AGUACGGGGUGGUGGCUGGGGACUGGAAGGGCCACCUAGAGAGGUGUGAAGACCACCCCUUUGCCUGCAAAUGGGCAAGAUCAGUGGCCUCACACAGACCCAUCAGACAGUAGCAUCGGACAACUCCAUGGACCCCUCUUCCUGCUUCUCCAGCUGCCGGGGCUAACGGUUUCAGUAGAGCAGCUGCCCAGAAGCCUUGCUCACAAUCCUGAAGGACCUGGCCUUCAUCUGAGAUGGCAUCCGUGGGAUGCAGUCUGAGGUCAGCCAGCACAUCCACCACCAACGGGCUAUCCUUGGCUGGACUCUAUGCUAAGGUAGACCUUCACCUGGGCUGCUCCCGCUGUACCCAGUGCCUCAAUGAGAGUACCUACAUUCUGUGUGAGGUAGAGCACACCUGCCUCAGGGAGAUCUUGCUGGCCCGCUUCAAGCAAAGAGCCAAGAGCAAGAUCUGGCGUAAGGUGGGCCGCAGGCCCAGCUUCCCAACGCCUAUGUGCUAUCAAGUCUGUCACUAUUACAGCCCAGGCUUGGGCUGUAGGCGUCACUGGAACAGAUGUACCUUUGCCAGCAGCCCUGAGGAGGCACUGGUCUGGACAUUUGAGCUCAAGUACAACCUUCCCCGACUGAAACUGAAAGAGGCUGUGCAGGGCACCAGAGCCCCAGAUAGGCUGCGGACCCCAGCUGACACCAUCCGAGCAGAGUUUGGUGGCUAUUUCCAAUUACUCUGUGCCCUGUGCUUCAAGUGCCGUCCCCCACGCCUCUGCCCCGUGGGUCCCAGGGGCCAUUGCCCUGAGCACCAAAUCUGCCCCACACUCCUCAUCCAUGUUGUAGUUGAGGGUCCAAAGCGACAAUUUGUGGAGGUGCGGCCACUGCCACAAAAAAGAUACCCUUUAAACUACUGCAAGUAUGUGGGCCGCGGGGCACCAUGCUACCACGGGCCCUCACGCUGUGGGUAUGCACACAGUGCUGUGGAGAUGGCUGUGUGGAAGGCUGAGCAGCUGGAUGGGCUUCAGAGAGGAGAUCUGCUCACAAAUCCUCUCUUUGUGGAGGACAAAUGGAAAGCCAGCCAUGGUCAACCGCCUGUGGUCAAACUGUACUGCCAUGCCUGCCUGGUCACCUGUAGUUCUCAAGAGGCAUUUGAGAACCACUGCUCCUCACUGGAGCAUGCACAGAUGGUAGCCUUUGACCAGGCUGUCCCCUGGAAGCACCGUGCUCCACCAAUGGGGCUCUCCAAGUUCGAGCUCUGCCCUAGGCCUGAUCUCUGUGAGCACGGAGAGGUCUGCAUCAAAGCACACUCAAAAGAGGAGUUACAGGAGUGGGUUCAGCGGGCACAAGACAUGGAAUUUCGAGAACAGGCCGCCUGGCAGGAUGGGCUGGUACCUUACCAGGCACGGCUUCUCGCAGAAUACCAGCGCAGCAGCAGAGAGGUGUUGGUGAUGGCUGAGACUGUCCAUGGAGUGUCUGUCACUUGCCACCAGCCACUCGUUCAUCAGGCCCAGGAAAAGAAGAUCCAGCACAAGUGGGUGUUCACCAUCCACUCUGAGGAUCCCUUGCUACACGUGGCCCUACUCAAGCAAGAGCCCGGAGCAGCCUUCUCACUGGUGGCCCCCAGUCUCCCACCACACCAGCUCUAUGCACAGGGAAAGCACUUCUGUGUGCCCAACUCCCCAGCCCAAUUCCAGGUAGGGGUGCUUGUGCAGGCUGCCUCCUUUGGCAGCUUUGAGCAAUGGGUGGUCUUUGACUUUGGUCGCAGGCCAGUGCUUCUCCAAAAGCUGAAGUUGCAGCUAGGCCAGACACACAGCCUGGGGCUCAAUGUGAAGCCAGCACCCAGCCGCCCCCAGGAACUGGAAUACUGGCACACAGGCAACCGCCAUGUGGUGCUUGCGGUAGACUGGACACCUGAGCAGGAAGCCCUGAUGGCCAAAUACAAGUUACCCUCCCUGGCCCUGGAGUUCACUCAGAACAUUCUGGUCUGGGGGCCCAUCUCUCGUACGAACUACCGACAGAGGAUGCACAAAUUUCUCUAUGAGGAGGAAGCAGCCCAGCAGCGGCUGGUGGCCAAGCUGGCCAUGAAGGGCCAGGUAUCCCUGAAGACAGCACUGGAGACUCCGGCACUUGGCAUGCUCUUUGCACCUCCAGGGGCCCUCUAUGCCGAGGUCCCCUUCCCCUCCUCUCUGUUGCCAGACACUGACCAGGGCUUUCUGCUGAGCCGAGCAGUCAGCACAGCCCUUGUGGCUCCUGUACCUGCACCCGACAGUACAGUAUACCAAGUGCGGCUAGAGGCACGGGCCAGUUCAGAGCAUGCACUGUGGCUGCUGUUACCAGCACGAUGCUGUAUGGCUUUGGGGCUGCAGGCACAAGACAGACCCAUCUUGGAGGUGCAGUUCCAGAUUGACCCUCUGACCUUCCGCUUCUGGCACCAGGCAGUGGACGCACUGCCUGAGGAGCGCCUGGUGGUUCCUGACCUGCCCGCCUGCACCCUGCCCUACCCCUGGCCCACCCCACCCUCAUUCCGUGGCAAUCACAAACAGAAGCUGGCUGUGGGGCUCAUUGCAGGCAGAAGACCCGAGGGCACAAAGCACAUUCCACCACUGCUCAUCUAUGGCCCCUUUGGCACCGGCAAGACCUACACAUUGGCCAUGGCUGCCCUUGAGGUUGUCCAGCAGCCCCACACCAAGGUGCUCAUCUGCACACACACCAACAGCGCUGCAGACAUCUAUAUCCGGGAGUAUUUCCACGGCUAUGUCAACAGCGGCCACCCAGAGGCCGCUCCACUCAGGGUGAUGUAUGCAGAUCGUCCUCCAAGACAGACUGAUUCAACCACCUUGAAGUACUGCUGCCUGACUGAGGACCGCCAGGCCUUUCGCCCACCCACAGGCCCAGAGCUGGUACAUCACCGUUUGGUGGUCACCACCACUUCUCAGGCUCGUGAGCUCCAGGUGCCAGCUGGCUUCUUCUCCCACAUUUUCAUUGACGAGGCAGCCCAGAUGCUGGAGUGUGAGGCCCUCAUCCCACUCUCCUAUGCCUUGUCACUAACCCGUGUAGUACUGGCAGGGGACCACAUGCAGGUCACACCUAGGCUCUUCAGCGUGCCCAGGGACAAGGCGGCUGGGCACACGCUGCUGCACCGCCUCUUCUUGUACUACCAGCAGGAGGUGCACAAGAUCGCUUGGCACAGUCGCAUUAUCUUCCAUGAGAACUACCGGUCAGCUGCAGCCAUCAUCAACUUUGUCUCCCGUCAUUUCUAUUUAGCCAAGGGCAACCCCAUCCAGGCCAGCGGCAAAGUCCCACGUCACCCCCAACACUACCCUCUCAUGUUCUGCCAUGUGGCAGGCAGCCCUGAGCAGGACAUGUCCAUGACAUCCUGGCUCAACUCAGCUGAGGUCAGCCAGGUAGUGGAGAAGAUACAGGAGAUCUACAACACCUGGCCUCACUGCUGGGGACCCCGUGAGCAGAGACACAUCUGUGCUGUCUCUCAUGGUGCCCAGGUUAGUGCGCUGAGGCAGGAGCUAAGAAGGAGGAACCUUGGUGAGGUGUCUGUGGGCAGCUUUGAGAUCCUGCCAGGGCGUGAGUUCCGGGUGGUAGUGCUGAGCUCUGUCCACAAUCGGAACAGUCUCCUCAGCCCUGGGGCACCAACCUCAGAGUUCUUCACGGAGCCUCGGGUGCUGAACACGGUCAUGACCCGUGCCCAGUCUCAGCUGGUGGCUGUGGGAGACGCUGUGGCUCUCUGUUCCUCUGGAGCCUGCAGAAAGCUCUGGAAAAGCUUCAUCCGCGAGUGCAUAGAACAUCACAGCGUCUUCCCCGAGGAGCUGUCGCUGGAGCAGAUCGAGCAGGGUGUGGCCCAGAGGCAGAACUGGGCCUCAUUGACACUCAGAGCUGGGGGCCCAGAGGCAGGGCACAAAUCUACAGUAAAGGACCCGCAAAGGCCUAUAGCUGAAGGGACCAUGGUCACAGUGACGGCAGAGCCUGGAGCCAGGGCAGCAGCCGCAGCACAGACUGAGGCAGUCGCACCAGGGGACCCAGCAAGAGGGAACUCAGCCUCUUCAGAUGCAGCAGAGGAGGUGUCCACCCUGGAGGGUGGGAUGUCUGAGGAAGAUUCCGAGUCUGACUUCUGGCCCUCUGACUGGGAACUCAAUGCCGAUGAUGCUAUCCUAAAGGAGCUGCUUGAUGAGAGCCGGCAAGUGACCGUAACUGUGAGGGAGGAUGGACUUCUGGAUACCAUGGUUUGCCCCGCAUCCUCACAGAAGGCCCAGCAGUACACAAACCUACCCUCAUCUGUGCUGCGGAAGCUCCUGCGCUCAGACCCCAAGCGAUUCCGCCGAUGCAGCUUCCUACAGGAGACCUUUGAGAGAGCAUUGGCCACUCCACUGGAUGGCACGGCCUGUAGCCCUAUCCAGGUCCGGGGUCGUCUGAACUGUGGAAUGGCUUUCACGGGGGAUGAGGUGCUGGUACAGAUCCUGGGCCCAGCAGUCGACGACAGCGGCAUCCCUGGAAGCCUGCAGGGUCUUGUGAUGGGUGUGCUGAAGAGAAGGAGGCAUGAACUGGCCUUUGUGUGUCGGAUGGAUGAGUGGGACCCCCGCAUCAUGAUCCCCAUCAAUGGUUCUGUGACUAAGAUUUUUGUGGCAGAGAUGAAGGACCCACAGCAAGUUCCCAUUCACCGCCUUGUUCAAGGCCAGGUACAGCGUGUGAGGCAUGAGACGCUCAAGCCUGAGGACCAGGGCACCCGGCUUUUCUGGGUCCGUAUUGUUCUUUGGCGAGAACGUUUCUACUAUCCACUAGGCAUUGUCCUAGAGGUGCUGCCCAAGGCCAUCACCUGGGAGCAGGGCCUUUAUAUUCUUGACCUAGAGCAUGGCCUGAAGGCCCACACGCCAGACCCAGCCUCAGUUUCCAAGGCUUUGCAGAGAUACCGCUCAGAGCUAAACAUGGCCUCUGGCCACCGAGAGGACUACCGCCGCUUCCUGACCUUUACUGUGGACCCCCAGGGUGCCUGCAACCUUGAUGAUGCUCUUAGUGUCCGGGACCUAGGCCCAGUGUAUGAGGUGGCAGUGCAUAUUGCUGAUGUAGCCAGCUUGGUGCCCAAGGAUGGGGCCCUGGACGUGGAAGCCCGUCAGCAGGGCACUGUGUUCUAUGCCCCCAGCAGGGAGCCAGUUCUCAUGCUGCCCGCCAGCUUGUGCCAGGAUGCACUCAGCCUUCUACCAGGUCAGGAUCGCCUCGCCAUUUCUCUCUUCCUCACCAUGGAGAAAGGCAGCAGCCAGAUCAAGAGCCUUCGAUUUGCACCCUCCAUAAUCCGCUCUGACCGCCAGCUGUCAUAUGAAGAAGCCGAAGAACUGAUCAAGAGACACCCUGGGGCUGGCCUGGAGCUGCCAGCCCACCUGGACUCUGUGGAGGCCUGUAUUGUGGCUGCCUGCUACUUCUCUUGGAUGUUGCGUCGUCAGCGCCUCCCAGCUGACUGUUACUAUGAGCCGCCAGACGAGGACAGCGUGCUGGGCUUCCGCACAGCCCACAUCAUGGUCCAAGAGUACAUGAUCCAGUUUAACAGCCAUGUGGCUGAAUUCCUUGUGGGCAACAAGCACACACAGACACUCACACCACUAAGGCGGCAGCCCACACCCAGUAGGCAGCAGCUUGACAGUGUUUUCAAGAAGCACAGAGGACUGGUGCCUCUGUCACUGCACCUGUGCCACCACUCAAACACCCACUAUACCCCCAACAAGCAGCUGUAUCUCCUGACUUCCCUCUGGAAACAAGUGCAGCUUGCAGCUGGUACUCAGGACUACAGCCAGAUGGCGGACCUCAUUGCUGCAGACGACAUGCACCCUUCACUGGCUCCUGCUUGCCUGGAUUUCCGAAGGGCUCUAGGCCGCUCGGUUUUUGGUCGCUCCAGCCAGGGUAAGCAGCAACCUGCUGGCCACUACUCACUGAGGGUUGACUGGUACACAUGGGCGACUUCACCCAUCCGUAGGUAUUUAGAUGUGGUGCUGCAGCGAUUAAUCCUGCUGGCUCUGGGCCACAGGGGCCCUACAUAUUCUAACAGGGACAUUGAUGGGCUCUGCCAGGACUUCAGUCACCAGCAUGCGUGUGCUCAGAGCUACCAACGGCGGGCCUACAGCCUGCACCUGGCCAUCCAGCUCAAGACCCAGCCUCAAAACAAACUGGGUUUUGUAGUGGAUGUCGAGAUGGGUGCCCGCUGCUUCAAAGUGCUUUUCCCUAUAAACCGGGAAACCCUGCCUGAUCCCUGCCCUAUCCACUACCAUUCCCUGCAGUUGGCUGAGCACCCCCAGGAGCCAGUGAGCCAGACAGGCUUGCGGCUUGUAUGGCGCCGCCGCAUGUACUCGGUGCAGGCAUCCAAGCUGCCUUUACCACUUCUGGGCACGGGUUUUGAUCCACACACCCAGACUGUAGAUGCAGCCCUGUGGAUGAAGCUACUGGUGCUGCUGAAGGAAGAGCGCUGGCCUGAGAUAGCUGCCCUCAUCCAGGAGCAAGAUAAGCUUUCUCAUCGAAGGGACAAAGUGCAGAUACACCAGAGCCGCUGUGGACACUUUGUAGAGGUGGCCUACGAGCUGGGCAGUGGAGAUACCCUGCAGGUUCAGCUUGGUUCCAGCCUGCAGCGGGGCUUCCUGGCACCAACCCUGCAGCUGUGGACUGUGGUACCUGGCUUUAGCCUCUGUCUGGAGCACAUGGAGCGGCCAGGUGACUGCUUUUCAAGCCAUGUGCACCAGGCUCUACAAGACCAGUACCGUGAAGUCAGCGAGUACUCAGGUGUGUGGGGGCCACGCUGUGCCCUGGAGUCACUCACCAAUGCUGUUACAGAAAAUGACUCUAUUGUGCUGCAGGAUGUACAUAUCUCUUGGGACACAUCGCAGGGGCAACUGCAGGGCACCUUCCAGCUGGAAGCUGCUUUUCUCCAGGAGAAAUGUAUCAACAUCCACUUUGGCUGUUGCUACCUCUGCAUUCGGCUUGAGGGGAUUCCCCUUCCCCUAGCUAGCUCACUCCCUGGGCCUAGUGGCCUUGGGCCCUUCCUGAACAUUGACCCCAGUACAUAUACUUGGGUGGCCCAUGGUCUGUCUGGCGACUGGGACCAUGAACUGGCUGGCGACUGGGACCAGGAGAGUGUGGAUGAUCGACAGGAGGUUCCCAAGCAGGUACAUUUCUUCAUCCACCACAUGACCAUGGAGAAGGUUCCAGAAGAGGUGUUGAAACCUAACGCUCGGUUCACUGUGGAAGUGAUAUCUAAGCAGCUUCCUGACCUCCGCAAGGAAGAAGCUGUGUGUCAACUGAAAAAGGCAUCCCCAUUGGUCAUUAGUAUCGCCUUGGGCCGGCCGAUCCCGGAGCCCCAUCACGGUGGCUGGCCUCACCAGCAUUCUAUCCAGCCGAUCCCGGAGCCCCGUCGCGGUGGCUGGCCUCACCAGCAUUCUAUCCAGCCGAUCCCAGAGCCCCGUCGCGGUGGCUGGCCUCACCAGCAUUCUUUCCACAAGGCACCUACCAGCAGGUUCUUGGAGCGGAAGAACUACAACAUCCCUGGUGGACAUCAUAAGCUGAACGAGAGCCAGGACAGGGCCGUCAGGAGUGCGCUGCGAAAGCAAUUCACAGUCAUCCAGGGCCCACCAGGCACAGGGAAGACUGUUGUGGGCUUCCAUAUCGUGUACUGGUUCCACAGGUCAAACCAGGAACAGGCGCCAACUGGCGGCAGCCCUAGCAGAGAGGAACAGCUGGGGGGUCCAUGCGUCUUAUACUGUGGUCCCUCCAACAAGUCUGUGGAUGUCCUGGGAGGACUGCUCCUGAGGAAGAAGACAGAGAUGAGGCCCCUGCGUGUGUAUGGGGAGCAGGCAGAGGCCACCGAAUUCCCGCUGCCAGGAGUGAGCAGGAGUCUGUUUGGCAAGACCUCUCAGGAAGGAAGACCAAAUCAGAGCCUCAGGAGCAUUACCCUUCACCACCGGAUCCGCCAAGCCCCCAACCCAUAUGCAGCAAAGAUCAGGAAAUUUGAUGCCCAGCUUCGAGAAGGGAAAAUACUCUCAAAGGAGGAUCUUGUGGUGUACAAGGGAGUCUUGGGGAAGGCACGCAGAUAUGAACUGGAGCGGCACUCGGUCAUCCUGUGCACAUGCUCCUGUGCAGCGUCAGGAAGCCUGAAAGCUCUCAAUGUUCGACAGAUCCUUAUUGACGAGGCGGGCAUGGCCACUGAGCCAGAAACCCUUAUUCCCUUGGUGUGCUUCUCAAAGACUGAGAAGGUGGUUCUGCUGGGAGACCACAAGCAGCUCCGGCCUGUGGUCAAGAAUGAACAGCUGCGGAAUCUGGGGAUGGACCGGUCUCUCUUUGAGAGAUACCACAGGGAUGCCAUCAUGCUGGACACACAGUACCGUAUGCAUAAGGACAUCUGUUCCUUUCCCUCCAUGGAGUUCUAUGAGGGAAAGCUGAAGACCUGGUCUGAACUGAGGCGUCCACCCAGCCUCCUAGGUCAUGUUGACAAGCAGAGCUGUUCUGUCAUCUUCGGCUCGGUGCAGGGCUAUGAGCAGAGGCUGCUGGUGUCCACUGAGGAUGGCAAUGAGAACUCCAGGGCUAACCCAGAGGAAGUAACAGAGGUGGUCCGAAUCACCAAGCAAUUGACCCUGGACCGGACAGUGGAUCCCAAAGAUAUCGCUGUCCUUACACCCUACAAUGCACAGGCUGCUGCAAUCAGCAGGGGUCUCAUGCAAAGAGGGGUCACCGGAGUGACUGUGACCUCUAUCACCAAGAGCCAGGGGAGUGAGUGGCGCUAUGUGAUAGUGAGCACAGUGCGAACAUGCCCCAGGAGUGAUGUGGACCAGCGGCCAACCAAGAGUUGGCUCAAGAAGUUUCUGGGCUUUGUUGUGGACCCCCACCAAGUAAACGUGGCCAUCACCCGGGCCCAGGAGGGACUGUGCAUCAUUGGGGACCAUCUACUGCUACGCUGCUGCCCACUCUGGCGCCGUCUCCUAGACUUCUGUGAGGCCCAGCACAGCCUCGUGUCUGCUGGGAAAGUGCGGGUCCAGAGAAAGUCUGCUCUGUCUUCUUGAGGAACCCCCACCUGCCCGGCUCUUGAUGUGUCAUCAACUGAGGCUAUGUCCCUCAUUCUUCUCUGCCAAGGUCCCGGGCAUACAAAGGAUUGCCACAGCUCACAGCUGCAGCUCAAAUUAGUCAGCCAUCUCUGCUAUCUCCUUGGGAAAGGACAUGGUAUUGGCUGCAGUCAUGUAGCGGUGACAAUCUUAUGGGUGGUGGCCACUUCCUGUGCCGGAAGCAGGCUUAAUAAUGAUGACCUUCCUGUUUGUGCUUGGACUUGAGUAGAGGGAAAAAGAGCUAGAGGCCGGCCCCUUUGCUCCCAACUCCCUUUGCUUUACCGGGGCAUUUGAUGACUGGGCCACCUCUGAGUGGCCACAGGGGACCCCAGGACAUGCUUAUGUUGUCAUAGGGGACCUAAACAGAAAUAAGACUCCUCUGAGACCGCACUUCAACACUGAGAUCCAUCUAUGGUUGCACUGGGCACCAUGUAUUCAUUUGCCCUGUUUUCUAGUCUUGAUAACCUAAAGCCAGCAUCUCUUACAAGGGACACUCAAAGUGGGCAAGGAAACCUUCCCAGGAGAAAGGCUUUUUCUCUUGUACUGUUUACUGCCUUGUAUCCCAUAGGGCUGCCUGUGCUGGGGCGGGAAGGGCAGAACCAGAUGCUCACACAGCCCUACCUCCUGGGAUGUGACCUGUGGGCAGGCAGCCAGGAAUGAGGUACCCAGUACUUCUGGGUUUGUGCUUCUUCACCAAGCUUCUAUACCUAUGUCCAGGGUUUUAGGACAACCUUCCUGACAUCAUCCUUUUCUACUGGACUGAGCGGGUGAAAUCUCUCCCAUCAUGUCUCCCUCUUAGACGCUCAUCUCCUGGCAAUUCCAAGGCUGGAAUCAGCUCCCCCUUCAGUGUGACCCUUCCUCUCCUGAGGUCAGAGAUAUUGCAAGUGAAGUAUGUACCAGGACAUCUGGGGCUCUUAAGGCCUGGCUGCAGAGCCUCCUGUGAGAGUAAUACCUGGUGUUUUCUACAAAUUAAGUUUCUACAUUCCAAUUUUUAUAUUUUUUUCUCAGGUUAUGCCUUAUAUAACUGGAUAAUUUUAUUAUAAAAACUGCUCUGAAA